AUGAGCAAACCAAUCAAUGUUUACAGCACCCCAGACUUACGCCAAACUCUGGACGAAGCGCUACCUGCAACAUUCGAAAGACUGGGAUUCACACAGUCUUUUAAAUUGAUUGACACAAAGUUGUUUUUGGGAUAUUCGAUCGCGUUGAUCGCAGGAAUUUCAUUUAUGUUGGAUAAGAAGUGGACGUUUGAGGAUGCUCUUACUUAUCAGAAAAUUUUGGUCGGAGCUUAUGUGGUCCUCUCGGUUGUUUUCUGGUACUUCAGCAAGUAUGUGGAGAAAGGUGUCAAAUACUCUGGCAGCUCGGGGGAUAGGACCGUUGUGGUGGCCACCAAGAUGGAGAAGCACAGUGUCAAUUACGAGGUGACGCUGCGGGACGAUCGCGGGAAAGUCAUCGAGGCCCAAUUGGCGGCCAACACGGUAUUCAACGAAGCCGGAUAUCUGCAGUCUGAUAGGCUCUUCAAAUGGUUCGAGGAGUUUUUAGGCUCCCUUGUCAAAAAGGCGCAGUAG